UAGCGGAUGGGGCUCUCGGCUUGAGCCGGAGGGAGGAGGAGGAGGAGGAGGAGGAAGAUGAACGGUAACCCGUGCGCCCGCAGGCUGGCCCGACGCUCCAAGUCCGCCCUGCUGAUCGCCGCUCUGGCCGUGCUGCUGGUCCAGACUCUCAUCGUGUGGAACUUCAGCAGCCUGGACUCCGCCGGCGGGGACGGAGGCGCCAGGAGCCGGGAGAAGAGAGAGGAGCGAGCCGGGGGGCUCGACAAAGCCGACGGGCACCCGCGGAGGAGCGGGCUGCAGAAGAAGGGCGACCCGCCGCCGCUCGGGAAGGCGGCUGCUCGGCACAGGCUGCAGGCGGACGUCUACCAUUCCCACCGGCCCAAAGAGAAACUUCGCCCGGACAGCAACAACAACGAGAACUCGGUCCCUAAAGACUUUGACACCAUCGACAGCAACAGCAACCUGGGAGCUCGAUCUCAGCGCCAGCGAGCGCCGUUGCCAAACGGCAAACGCAAGCUGGACAAGGCACAAGCACAAAGCAUGCUGGGAAAAUCUGCAGACGAGGUGCUCAAGUUCCCUCCCGUCCAACCGCGAGGGGCGGGCCACAACCACAACCUCACCCACGUCCGCAAACCCCACCCCCAGGUGCCGACGGUCCCGACACCGUUCCGAGGGUCCAAUCGGAAACCGGCACUCCACCGGGCGAAGAAGUCGUCCACGUCGCCACCGGCGCCGCCGCCCGGUUUGGAGCCGAGGAAAGAGCAGCCGCGCUGUGAGAUCAGCGGGAAAGAAGCCAUCUCUGCUCUGUCCAGGGCCAAGAGCCGAGAGUGUCGGCAGCAGAUAGUGGAGGUCUACUGCAAACACAAAGACCGGGCGCUGAUGCCCGAGAAAGUGCCUCGCUACUGCCCCAUCGAAGGAAAGGCUAAUAUCAACGUCCAGUGGGACGAGGGCCCCUCAGAAGCUGCCCAGCUCGUUCCGGCUCGGAUCGCCUUCGUCCUGGUCGUCCACGGCCGAGGAUCCCGCCAGUUCCAGCGUCUCUUCAAAGCCAUCUACCACACCUCGCACUACUACUACAUCCACGUGGACCUGAGGUCCAACUACCUCUACAGAGAGGUCCUGUCUCUGGCCGGCCGCUAUCCCAACGUCCGGGUGACUCCCUGGAGGAUGUCCACCAUCUGGGGCGGGGCCAGCCUGUUGACCAUGUACCUGCGCAGCAUGGAGGAUCUUCUCCAGAUGUCCGACUGGUCCUGGGACUUCUUCAUCAACCUCAGCGCUGCAGACUACCCCAUCAGGACCAAUGAGCAGCUGGUGGCGUUCCUGUCUAAGUACCGCGGCAUGAACUUCAUCAAAUCUCACGGCAGAGACAACGCUCGCUUCAUCCGUAAACAGGGUCUGGACCGCCUCUUCUACGAGUGCGACACACACAUGUGGCGUCUCGGGGACCGCAAGAUCCCAGAAGGCAUUGCGGUGGACGGAGGCUCUGAUUGGUUCCUGCUCAACCGGCCCUUCGUGGACUAUGUGGUCAACUCCAGAGACGAGCUGGUGGGCAGCAUGAAGCGCUUCUACGCCUACACACUGCUGCCUGCUGAGUCCUUCUUCCACACCGUGCUGGAGAACAGCGCCCACUGUGAGUCCAUGGUGGACAACAACCUGAGGCUCACCAACUGGAACCGCAAGCUGGGAUGCAAAUGCCAGUACAAGCACAUCGUGGACUGGUGCGGCUGCUCGCCCAACGACUUCAAGCCCUCGGACCUGCCCCGCUUCCAGCAGGCGUCCAGACCCACCUUCUUCGCCAGGAAGUUCGAGGCCAGCGUGAGCCAGGAGAUCAUCAACCAGCUGGACUCCUACCUGUUCGGGCCGUACGCCUCGGGCACGCCGGGCCUCCACGCCUACUGGGAGAACCUCUACGAGGGGGAGACGGACGGCCUCGCCGGCCUGUCGGACUCCGCGCUCAGCCACCACCACGCCUUCGCCCGCAUGGGGCUGACGCGCGCCGCCGGCUCGCUGCAGGGACAUCCCCAUGACAACAGCUGCAGGUUCAUCGUCAUGAACCACCCGGUGUCGGUGCACCUGUACUUCCUGUCGGACCAGUUCCAGGGCUACCUGGUGCGGCACGUUGCCACAAACCGAGCCUCCACCCAGCUGGAGAGCCUGGAGACCUGGGUGACCCCCAAGGACCACUUCACCCUGGCCAGCCCCGCCCCCGCCACCAACAGGCUGCAGCACGUCCAGGUGGGGGCGGACUGGGAUCCAAAGGAGCGUCUCUUCAGGAACUGGGGGGGUCUGCUGGGGCCCACGGACGAGCCGGUGGCCGUGCAGCGCUGGAGCCGCAGCCAGAGCAACCUGACGGCCACCGUGGUGUGGAUCGACCCCACCAACGUCAUCGCCGCCACCUACGACAUCCUGGUGGACGCCGCCGCCGAGGUCACCCACUACCGGCCCCCGCUCAGCCCGCCGCUGAGGCCCGGCUUGUGGGUGCUGAGGGUUCUGCACCACUGGAACCCGCUGGGUCAGACCUCCUUCGUCGUGGCGCCGCUCGAGUUCCACCGCCAACAGCCGGUACUGCAAGAGGAUGCUCUGCGGUUGCACGGCGGCCCCCCCAGGAACUCCUACAUGGAGCAGAGCUUCCACGGCCUGAACCCGGUGCUGCGGCUGCCGGUGAGCCUGGGCGCCGUGGAGGAGGCCGAGGCCAACGCCGGCCUGACGGGGGCGCCGCUGCGCCGCUGGCUGGACCGGCUGCUGGAGGGCCACUGGUCGGCCUCGGACGUCUGCUCCAUGGGCCCCAGCGCCUGCCCCGUCAUGCAGCGCUGCCCUCACACCGGCUGGAGCUCGGCCAGCCCCGACACCAAGUCCCAACUGAGCCCGCCCAGAGACGACGGGCGGAUCAGGUAGCAGGAAGUGGACCAGAGGAAGUGGACCAGAGGAAGUGGUCCAUAAGAAAGUGGACCGGAAAAAGUGGUCCAGAGGAAGUGGACCGGAGGAAGUGGACCGGAGGAAGUGGUCCAGAGAAAGUGGACCGGAAAAAGUGGUCCAGAGGAAGUGGACCGGAGGAAGUGGUCCAGAGAAAGUGGACCGGAAAAAGUGGUCCAGAGGAAGUGGACCAUAAGAAAGUGGACCGGAAAAAGUGAACCAGAGGAGGUGGACCGGAAAAAGUGGUCCAGAGAAAGUGGACUGGAGGAAGUGGUCCAGAAGAAAGUGGACCGGAAAAAGUGGUCCAGAGGAAGUGGACCGGAGGAAGUGGUCCAGAG